AUGGCAUCCAACGGCAUUGGCAUCGCCAACCUGCCAAACCAGCGUCACAAGAUCGUGGCCAAGGCAGGUGGACACUUCACCCUCAUGGUCGUUGGUGAGAGCGGUGUAGGAAAGACCACCCUCAUCAACACACUCUUCAGCACCGAGCUUGCUACCGGCAAGGAUCACUCGCGACGACACACCAAGCAGCUCGACAAGACUGUUGAGAUCGACAUCAUCAAGGCUGAACUCGAGGAGAAACAAUUCAAGGUCAAGCUCACCGUCAUCGACACUCCUGGUUUCGGUGACUAUGUCAAUAACCGUGACUCUUGGACUCCCAUUGUCGACUUUAUCGACGACCAGCACGAGUUGUACAUGCGACAGGAGCAGCAGCCUUCGCGACGCGAGAAGACCGACCUCCGUGUUCAUGCCUGUCUCUACUUCAUCCGUCCCACCGGCCACACCCUCAAACCACUCGACAUUGAGACCAUGAAGCGUCUCGGUACUCGCGUCAACCUCAUCCCCGUUGUUGCCAAAGCCGACACUCUCACACAGGCCGAUCUUGCCGUCUUCAAGCAACGCAUUCGUGAAGCGAUCACAACCCAAGACAUCCGCGUCUACUCUCCACCCGUUGAAGCCGACGACGAACCCUCCGCCGACCACGCUAAACUCCUCAUGGGUGCUAUGCCCUUCUCCAUCAUCGGUAGCACCGACGACGUCCGUACUCCCGACGGUCGAACUGUCAAAGGUCGUGAAUACCUCUGGGGUGUAGCCGAAGUCGAAAAUGAAGAACACUGCGAUUUUAAGAAACUUCGUUCCCUUCUCAUUCGAACACACAUGCUCGACCUAAUUAACACUACGGAAGAACUUCACUAUGAGAAUUACCGUCAAGCUCAGAUGGAGACGCGCAAGUUCGGUGAACCCAAGGUGAAGAAGUUGGACAACCCCAAGUUCAAGGAAGAGGAAGAAAUGUUGCGCAAGAGGUUUACCGAACAGGUCAAGUUGGAAGAGGCUCGGUUCAGACAGUGGGAACAGCAUUUGAUUGCGGAGAGAGAUAGGUUGAACAAAGAUUUGGAAACGGCUCAUUCCACCGUGAAGGCGUUGGAGGCCGAGUUGGAUGCUUUGGCUAAUGGGUAUGGUAGGGGUUCGCAGCGUCGUUAA